AUUAAGCUAGACGAGAUAUCACCCAGAGUUGGUGCUAUGAAGUUCCUCUCCAGACUUCCUCGGUUCCAGUCUGCUGGUGUUCCUACGUUCCCUUGCCGAUUCAACCGUCAUGGAUUUGCAUCUCUGACUAACCCAGAUUCUGAGCCUCAAGACAGAGGUGUGCCAGAAUAUUUUAAUUUUGCAAGCGAUGUCAUUGAUAAAUGGAGCCAAAGAGAAAAGGAAGGGAAGAGAUCUUCCAACCCAGCCCUCUGGUGGGUUAGAGAGAACGACGAAGAGGUGAAGUGGACCUUUGAGGAGGUGAGCUACUUGUCUAGGAAAACGGCCAACCUGCUCUCAGAGGCCUGUAACCUGUGCAAGGGAGAUCGACUCCUGCUGAUACUUCCAAGGGUUCCCGAGUGGUGGAUACUCAGCUUAGCUUGCAUCCGAACAGGUCAGUCCAAAGGAUGCUCAUGUAUUAAGAGAUCUUGUAAUGGUAUGUGGAGAAGACCUUGGGAGACGGAGCAAACAGAGGCUGCUUGGGGUAGGGUCAGAUAAGAGACUGCAUAGCCCACAAGUGCAUAAGGGCAGGA